ACUGUCCCUUAUUUUCCCAUAAAGAACCUGAAAGUGUCUCUUAUUUUCCUCUGCUGAAGUUGGCAACCCUAUUUCCUACUGUUAAGAGCUCUCCAAAAACUAGCACUGGUAAAAUAUGCAAUAUGUAAAUAGCCUAAAAAUGUAUUUGCAUUGCAUUACAUUGCCAUUUAUACGUUUGUAAAGAGGAGGCGAGAAGCAGCUUUCCUGGUUCAGGUAAGUGUUUUAUUCUCCUUACUGCAGCAAAUACACUCUUUCAGGGCUUUCCCAAUGUUCAUUAAUUCACUCUCAAAGUAAACAAACUAUUUUACAAAAAUAAACUCUCUGCUCUGCUCCUGACUUCACACUAGGGUCUCUGGUGCCCAGGCUCUCUCUCUCUCGUCUACUUGCGGUCUGGCUCUAUUUAUGCCGCUCUCCCCGUGCUCACUGAAAUUAGAGACAGGUGUUAGACAUAAUUUAGCUCAGGUGUAGCGCCCUUACCGCUUUCUCUCUCCGGAGAGAUGCUUGACCACGCCCCCGCUGCCACAAUGUUGCUUGCAAAUAAACCCAUCAUAAAACACACCUACUUUUAAUGGCCAUCAAUGAAGAAAGAUGUCUUUUGCCUGCAUCAUUGUGUAGUUACGACAUCUACCAGCAGGGGUGAACUGACCAUAAUAACCAGUAAAACCCUCACAGAUAUGUGUAUUUCAUAGAGAGGAGGGGCAAGAGAAAGAUAGAGAUACACAGAGAUCAAGAGAUAACUUUAAUUGUGACCUCCAGCACCACACAGAUAAAGCAGAAUGAUCCAGGUCUGUUGUGAUAAACUUCUUGCAUUUCACCUACUGCUCAUCUCCUUCCACCUCAUGUCAGUGGUGAAAUGUGGGUCAAAUGAGAUCUUGACUUUAACAGCAAAUGAAAGAGGAAAAGUUGAAAUACAGUGUCCAUAUGAGUCACGAUAUGAAGAAAAUGUGAAGUAUCUCUGUAAGGGCGAAUACAAAAUACUAAAUAAAGACAUACCUGUAAGUUCUGGAUCGACAGCCAAUGAUAAAAGAUUCUCUCUGAUUGAUAACUCAACGACUCACAUCUUUACUGUCACCAUCACUGAUCUGAGACCAGAGGAUGAACACACAUACUGGUGUGGAGUAAAGACAGGCUUUGGACACUUUGAUGACAAUACAAAGAUUCUACUGAAAAUUAAACAAGGUUCGCUAACCACAAUGACGGCGAUGUCAACAAAAACUCAAACAGUCUCCAUCUACUCAAACCAACCAGGAUCUACCCAUUAUACAGUCAUCACUUUGGCUAUGUCAUCAUCAUCAUCAUCAUCAUCAUCACCACAUUCACAUUCAGUAUCAGUAAAAGUGAAAUCAGAUUUUAUUGUGGUCAUCAUCAUGCUGUCUGUAACAGUAAUUCUGCUUGUGUUUGGACUUUCACUCUUUGUGUCCUAUAGACACAGACAAAAGAGUAAAGAUCGAGAGUCUUCACUUAUUGGUAGUGACAAACUGCAAGAAAAUGCUGAAAAUAAUGUUUAUAUUAUCUGUGGCUAUGAGGGACCUCAAGACGGCAAAAAUCACCCUGAGUCACUACCCACAAACCCUUCUGAGACAGAGAGAUCUGUUUAUGCCAUGCCACAAUUAUCCACAAACUCUUCUGAAACUGACAGGACCAUUUACUCCGUGGCUCAUUUACCCACAAACACCUCUGCAGCGGAGUGUUCAGUUUACGCGGUGGUCCAGUUACCCAAAGUUCGCAAAAAAUAUCCAGGUCAUGACGUUAAACCAGACCUUUCCAGUAAGACCUAACCAUGCAUCAAAC